GUGUGUGUGUGUGUUUCUCUGAUCCUCUUAGCAUUAAGGUAUUAACUCACUAACAGCAGGCAUUUGUGAGCAAACAUGGAGCUGGACAGCCUGAGGAGUCUGAGAGAGAAAUUCACACUUCGGCAUGCCAUCAUCAGAGAGUUUCUAGCGGAACUCCUCGGGACAUUUGUACUUAUACUUUUUGGCUGUGGCUCGGUGGCACAGGCUGUACUCAGCAGAGGAGCUCUGGGUGAACCGCUCACCAUCCACAUUGGCUUCACCACAGGCGUGAUGCUGGCUGUCUAUGUGUCAGGAGGCGUUUCAGGAGGACAUGUAAACCCAGCUGUAUCUCUAGCCAUGGCAGUCUUAGGGAAGUUUCCCAUUAAAAAAUUCCCUGUGUAUGUGGUUGCCCAGUUCCUUGGUGCUUUUGCAGGCUCUUGUGCUGUCUUUGGACUGUACUAUGAUGCCUUCAUGAACUACUCCAAUGGAGAGUUCCUGGUCACAGGUGAAAACUCCACUGCAAACAUCUUUGCCACCUAUCCAGCAAAGCAUCUCUCAGCCCUCAAUGGGUUUUUUGAUCAGGUGAUUGCCACUGCAGCUUUGGUGCUAUGUGUCCUGGCCAUCGUGGACAAGAAAAACAUCGGAGCACCUAAAGGAAUGGAGCCACUGCUCAUUGGUUUCACCAUCCUGGCCAUCUCAGUGGCCAUGGGUUUCAACUGCGGCUAUCCCAUCAACCCUGCCCGAGACUUGGGACCCCGGCUCUUUACUGCAGUGGCAGGCUGGGGGGUGGAGGUUUUCAGAGCCGGGGGCUGCUGGUGGUGGAUCCCAGUUGGUGGUCCGAUGGUGGGAGGUGUGCUGGGAGCAAUGAUCUACUACCUGCUGAUCGAGCUACACCACAUAGAGCCAGAGAAAAAGCAUGAGGAGAAGAACACCGUUAAGGACAAGUAUGAAAUAAUCACCAUGAGCUAGACAGAAGACAAAGAAGACUUUGUCUCUUCUUCACCUCAACCAGGCUGUAGUGUAGAACCUCAAUUUUCUUCUGUUUUUGUCUCUUGUUGUAAGAAUCCAAGCAUCCACAUUGGUGCUAGCAUUACAUUAUACAUCCUACAAUUAAACUAAUGGGAAAUUAUCAUAGUAGCAGUGAUGAGAUAAACAUAAGCUCCUUAUGAAGUAAAUUACAUUGAAACAAUGUUAAAACUCUGGUAAGGAUCGACUUAUUUCCAGAUUAUUAUCAUCCAGAUAUUAUUCAGGGAUUAAUGCUGCAUGCACAAGCUUGUUAGAUGGUCUUGUUAGCCACUCAUCAUUACUGAAUCUUUAUAAGUGCACCGAUAUUGUUACCUAUCGUGAUCUAUUUUGGUAUUUUCCUAACAUUUUACUCCACUGUAAAUUUUCCACAGUAUGGUUAGAUAGGUAAAAUGGUGGCUAUGACCUAAUUUGUGAUUACUAAAAAAAUAAGUUGGUAAUAACAUGCUUGGAAACUUGUAUUUAUGAUAAUUCCAGUAGCACGAGGAGGAAGCAUAUGAUAAGGAUUGGAGCACACACAUUACAGAGCUGAACUAUGUUAUACCAGCACAUUUUAUAACAGGAAAAGGGUCUAAAGUGUUAAUAGUAAAUAGUAAAUGCCUGCUACAUUAAUUCAACAUUAAAUAAUAUCUGAAGAUUUUUUCCCUCUAAACAAAUGGAAUAUAGAUGGGUGAGUUUUGUACUACACAGUAUAAAGGGGUAAAUUUCAAAUGGUUUUUGAUAAUUUUUUUUUUAACUUGUGUUUUUGUAAUCUCUUAAAUGAAACAGAACGGAGAGUCUGAAAUUCUCUGCAGGCCUGGAGUAAAUGAGCGACCACUGACCUCUGAGAACGCAUCAAAUGCUUUUCAAAAACAGCUGCAGUUAAGAGCUCAUCUGUUUUACAGAUUCUAUCAGACAUGAACUUGGAUCUCAAGUUCCCACAACCAAAAAAAAAAAGACUUCAAAGAGCAGUGUCAAACCAUUACCAUGAGGCCAUAUAGUUAAAUAAUUUAAAUUAUUCUUGAGCUUAACAGUGUCCAAUUUGCACUCAAUGCCUGUUUUCUCAUUGAAACACUCUCCCUCUGGAUUCAUAGGCCUGAAUGAUCCAAAUUCAAAUACUAAUUUGGAUACAUUUUAGUGAAGUUUGCUGUUCUAAGGGUAUUUCAAGACCAAUAACCUGUAACUAGAAUACUAGACAAACACCUUUUAGCCAAAAAUGAUUUGUAUUUUUUUACUAUGAAUUUUCAAAAGAACUCUAUAUGAGCUCUAUAUGCAUCUCACAGUGGUUGGCAAUUCUUUACAUAUUGUUCUUGUGGAUAUAUUAACUUUUUUUACUUUUUUUUUUUUUUACCACAUAUGUUUUAAUGAUAUGGCAAUGAUCUUCUGAAAUUUCUUCUGAAAGCUUUGAAAUAAAUUACUAUUUCUGGUUGAACAAAAAUCUGACUCAUGGAAUGCAAUUUUACACAACCUAAUUGAAUAGCUAAUGGGUGUCUACUCAGCAUUUAGUCUGAAUAUUCACUGACACAAGAUGUCCCUUGUAGUAGAUGAAAAAUAUUUGGACCUGACUGACCCCAUUCACCUGAUUCAGAGACACUGUUUACUCACUAACCUGGGUCACAGUGGUCCCAUGUUUCCAAGUUCAUUUCUAAGUUCAUGUCUAUUUAUGGAGUUAAUACUGCUGUCUACUAAAGCAUAUUGUACUGUAAGAUUCACUGAGAUUACACUGUUUUAAUACAAUACUAUUGUAGCUCCAAAUUACAAAGCUUAUUAUCAAGUAACUAAUAUAUAUAAAAACAAUGCAAAAUGAUGAAGCUAGUCACCGUUCAUUAAAGUUUAGGAAGUUAAUUGGGGCACCGAACAUGCACAAACGACACUGCUUUUGUCCUCUCCCUAAUUACUAUGCAACCAAAGCCAAACACCAGCUAUACACAUUUAAAAACAAGCUUUAUGGUUGAAGAAACUACCGUGGGCAUGUUGUAGAGGUGCCAGAAGUGCACAACAGCACAGU